AGCUCGAAAGAUGUGACACACGUGUUCGCAUGUUCGUUCGCGGCCUUAUUCCGGGCGCAGGGCCAAGGGGGGUUGACUUCCGGGGGUGUUCGCGACGCGUCCGCGGAAUACUUGAGGUGUUGCGUUGAGGUCGUUGGACUUUGCAGAUCUUCUGUGGUCCAGCAGAAGAAACCUUCCUCCAACUCACGUGAAAGAGGAACCCCGCCCGACAUCUUUUCGCCGGUGUGAACGUCCAUUGUGUGGCGAAAGGAUGUGCUGAGACGGCAGGUUGAGCAGCCGUGUCUGGAAUCUUGAGAAUGUGGCAGACUCCAGCGAAAUUGUGAAAGGAACAUUUUGAGGAUGCCUACGACCGCAUUCCCACUGCAUGUCAGAUGGACCUGCAGUCCGCCAUCCAGGAGACUCAAUGUGCCCUCAAUCUGGUCCUCAACAACAAGUUCUCGGAAGCCCUGGAACUCCUCAAGCCAUGGUGGCGGGACAGCAUGUACCACGCGUUGGGUUACAGCAGCAUCUUAGUGAUGCAGGCCGCCAUGACCUUCGAGCACAGGGACAUCCAGAUCGCCAUGGUGACCAUCAAGGAGGCCUUACACACCUGUCAGAGGUUUCGCAAGAAGAACUCGGUGGUGGGGUCCCUAUCCAGUCUGAUCAGCAGGCAGUCCAACCUUCAGGAAGAGGAGAUUCACGCCGAGCUGUGCUACGCCGAGUGCUUGCUCCAGAAAGCCACGCUGACCUUCGUGCAGGACGAGAACAUGAUCAGCUUCAUCAAAGGAGGCAUCAAAAUUCGAAGCAGCUACCAAAUCUACAAGGACUGUCACAAUGUGCUGAAUGUCGCUCGCGAGCUGAGCAGCCAAUCAGACUCGCGCAGGCAGUUUGAGGGCGGAGUCAAGCUGGGCAUCGGCUCCUUCAACUUGAUGGUGUCCCUCCUCCCGCAGAGGAUCCUGAGGUUGCUGGAGUUCAUGGGCUUCUCCGGGAACAGGGAGUUUGGCUUGUCCCAGCUGCGAGAGGGAACGUCCGGCUCCAGUUUGCGCUCCAUCUUGUGCACGCUGACGCUGCUGUUCUACCACACAUACGUCUCCCUGGUGCUGGGAAGCGGCGAGGGGAACGUCGUGGAAGCUGAAGCUCUGCUGGAGCCGUACCUUCACAAGUAUCCCAAAGGCGCCAUCAUUCAGUUCUACUCGGCCCGGCUCGCCGCGCUGCGGGGACACUUCGAGGAGGCGUGUUUGGGCUACCAGGAGUGUGUGAGCAGCCAACAGGAGUGGAAGCAGAUCCACCACUUGUGCUACUGGGAGCUGAUGUGGACGCACUCGUACCGGCAGGAUUGGCCGCAGGCGUACCGAUACGCCGAGCUGCUUUGCCGCGAGAGCCGCUGGUCCAAGGCCAUAUACGUGUACCAGAAGGCCGCCAUCCUCAGUAUGAUGUCGGCGGAGGACGUGAAGAAGACUGGCGAAGACGUGGUGGAGCUCUUCAGGCAGGUGGAGGGGCUCAAGCAGCGGCUGGCGGGAAAGUCCAUCCCCACCGAGAAGUUCGCGGUCAGGAAAUCUCGCCGCUACAAAGCCGGCACGCCCGUGCCGCUGGUGCUUCCCGCUCUGGAAAUGAUGUACAUUUGGAGCGGCUUCACCAUCGUGGGCAAGCGAGCCGACUGCACCGAAGCGCUGCUGGUUACCAUCGAGGCGGCCGAGGAGCAGCUUCGCCGCGACUCCCAGCCGUCCGAGUUCCACGUGGACGACGGCUGCCUGGUGCAGAUGCUGAAGGGUCUUUGCCUCAAGCACGCCGGCCGCCCGCUGCAAGCCGAGCUCUGCUUCACGCACGUCCUGUCCAGUGAAAAUCGCAUCCGCUACGAUCACUACCUUGUCCCCUUCACGCUCUACGAGCUGGCCCUCCUCUACCGACAGCAGGGUGACGACGCCAAGGCUGCCACGUACAUGGAAAACGCCAAGAGCAACUACAAGGACUACUCCAUGGAGUCCAGACUGCACUUUCGCAUUCAUGCGGCCCUCAACAGCCUCAAAAGUUCGCCUGCUGCCAGCCCGUAAUGGCCGCCGCCUCCAGUGAAUGCGUGCGGCACUUGGUUUAUUUUGGAAUAUAAUCCGGGCCCGAGCAAUAAUAAUUUUUUCUUGUGCCGACAGUUGAAUUGCCUCUUCGUGGGCCUUGAACACAAAUGUUUGAAGUUGUAGGAGUCGUGAACAUGACCCCGCGAAACUUAGGAGCCCCCCGUCACCGGUUUCGCCAACCGACUCGAAAUUUGGCGGCGCAAAAAAGGCUCAAGGACCCAUGCCUGAAAUUGAACAUGAAGUUGGUCAUUUUGGGUUGAAUUUCGGUACUCGCUAUUACACAUUUUCACCAGGCAAUCGGCCCAAAUGGGCCCCACUCGGAACCGGGUACCGCAAAUUCCGAACUUUUUUGACCUUUGCUCAAGUUUGACGAUUCUUUUGAGGAUUUGCCAUGAAAAACCUAGCUUGAAGUAUUAUUGUUUUCAUUCGCCUUCAGCUUCCGUUCGUCCCACGCAGCCGCCAAUCAAAAUUUAAUAGCAUGUGAUUGGUGGGCGCGUCCCACAACCUCCGUACGUCGCCAUAGCAACAUGCUUGUUGACAGGGAAGUAAGGAAAGAAUGUUUUUUUUUUUUUUUUUUUUUUUUUUUUUCUCUCUCCCCCCCCUCUCCUACCUCUUUAUUUAUGAUUUUGUCUUGGAAUUUCCUGACACUGAUAAGUUGGCAGCACAAUUUGCGCACGACACUCAUAUUCUUAUUAUUGUUAUUAUGAAACAAAUGUGCUCUUAUGUGACUUUAUAUGUUCUGCACUCCCGGCCGCCUUAAACGGCGACACACGCUCCAGCUGACGUAUUGGCGUGUAAGCGCGCGAGCAUGUUUUCGUCACCGCGGCGACCAAAAACCUCCGCAAAACGGCAAGCAGCCCGCUGACGCAACACGGGCAGGCCAACGAACGCGUGUCGAGCGCGCCCACGCGCGGGUUGUCACAAGAGUGGAAUGUUUACGUGACGAGCAGACUUUGUCCCGCUUGAAAAACACUUCUUUCCUCAUCGGCGAGAUUAUAUGCGUAACAAGUCAAGAAAGUAUAUAUUUUUUUUUAUAAAUGUGGUCUGAUAAUUGUGUCACUUUCCUUUUUUUGUGGCUCUUUGUGAUUAAUUCGUCACGAAACUGCCCUCGGAGGAUUUUGUGAAAUAUUAUUUUUUUGUUCCAAUUACAUGGCUUUAAACCAAACGUCAGCAAACUAAGCUCAUAGCCUCCUACCCUAAUGUCAAGUCUUUUCAUAGAAGUACUUCAGGCAUGACAAAUCAAGUGUGGGUGUUGCAACAUUAUCCAAAGUCAUGUGUGAAUUUGUGCAAUGCAAACUUUUCCAGCUUUAUUUUCUAUUUAUAGUGAAAUACGCUUUCGACGUGAAGUCAUUCAUUUUCGGAAGCUUUCUUUUGCUUUUCUGUACUUUUGUUUUCUUUUGCUCUUUGUUUUUCAAUGCUCUUAACCGCGCUCCGUAAAUCAAUUUGCCUAUUUUAUGACGCGUUGACCUGGCAUCAAGUCUUGUUCUUUUGUCAUUGGAAGAAAAAGGAAAUAAAUGCAUUCCAGACAA